AAACAUCAAUGAUGAACAUGCGAAAAAGGCAGAGCUUACGUGACCUCUCAAAGUCUGACAUCUCAACAACCAAUAAUUCAUCUCCUGUUUUCAACUUUUUUUUUUCAUCAAAAUUCCAUCUUCAUCAUCCAUUCAAUUGAAGCUUUUGAAGCCAUGGCAAUGACAUUAACACUAGCAUCAUCACUGGUUUUAUUUCUUCACUUCAUCUCAUCCAUUGCUAGCAUUGAUAGGUCUCAGUUCCCCAAUUCUUUCCUCUUUGGAGUUGCUACUUCUUCUUAUCAGAUUGAAGGUGCUGCUUUGGAAGAUAACAAAGGUGCAAGCAAUUGGGAUGUUUUCACUCAUUUACCAGGAAAAAUUGAUGAUGGGAGUAAUGGAGAUGUUGCUGAUGACCAUUAUUGCUUAUAUGAGGAUGAUGUUGAGUUGAUGCAUUCUCUUGGGGUAAAUUCAUAUCGGUUUUCGAUCUCAUGGUCCAGAAUUCUUCCAAGAGGCAGGUUUGGACAGAUAAAUGAACUUGGAGUAGCAUUUUACAACAAACUUAUAAAUUCAUUAUUGAGCAAAGGAAUUCAACCAUUUGUUACACUAAGUCAUUAUGAUAUUCCUCAAGAACUUGAAGAUCGAUACGGUGCUUGGUUGAGUUCAGAAGUACAACAAGAUUUCGGAUAUUAUGCUGAGAUAUGUUUCAGAGAAUUUGGUGACAGAGUUAAGCAUUGGGUGACAUUGAAUGAACCGAAUCUCUGGCCAAAGUUCGGCUAUAUGCUGGGGACUUACCCUCCUGGUCGUUGUACUCGGCCAUUUGGAAACUGUGAUUUUGGAGAUUCAACAAUUGAACCUUACAUUACUGCUCAUAAUAUGAUACUUUCUCAUGCCAUUGCAAUUAGUAAUUACAAAAAAAAUUAUCAGAUGAAACAAGAAGGUGUAAUUGGGAUUGUGUUGUAUGCUAAGUGGUAUGAACCAUUUAGAAACAUUACUGCAGAUCAUAUAGCAGCUAAAAGGGCUCUGACUUUUUCUUUAGACUGGUUUCUUGAUCCUGUAAUCUUCGGUGAUUAUCCUCCUGAUAUGAAAGCAUUCUUCUCAUCGAGAUUACCAGAAUUUACUGAUCAAGAGAAGAAAAUGCUGCAACUCAAAAUAGAUUUCAUUGGGUUGAAUCACUACACUACCAUUUAUGCUCAAGAUUGCAAGUUUUCCUGUGAAGUGGCGACUUCUGAUGGGAAUGCAAUGGUGAUCACCACCACAGAAAGAAAUGGUCAGUCCAUCGGUGAACCGACCCCAAUGCCGUAUUUCUAUGUAGUCCCUGAUGGUCUACAGAAGUUGGUUAUGUAUAUUAAGGAAAGAUACAACAAUACACCAAUCUAUGUAACCGAAAAUGGGUAUGCACAAUGCAGCAACAAUAGUGUACUGAAGCAAGCUUUACUCAAUGAUACAGAUAGAGUAGAUUUCCUCCAAAGUUACCUCACUUCUCUCACUAAAGCCAUAAGGCAAGGAGCUGAUGUAAGGGGAUACUUUGUAUGGUCUCUAAUAGACAACUUUGAAUGGACAUUUGGUUAUGGAAUGAGGUUUGGUCUGUAUCAUGUGGAUUACAGUACACAGAAAAGAACUCCGAAAUUUUCGGCGAAAUGGUACCGGAGAUUUCUCACUGGUCCGGUGAUGUUUCACAAUAAAAACUUGGAAACACUAGCUUUCGAGUAAUGUUUAUAUGUGUAGUUUUAUUUUUGAUGUAUAGGUUUCAUGCAUAUGAAUUUUAUGAUCAGUCAUUGCCCCAA